UUUCAGGAUGAAUCUGGAAAAACUCAGCAAACCAGAACUACUGACGCUCUUUAGCAUUCUUGAGGGAGAAUUGGAAGCAAGAGAUCUUGUCAUAGAAGCCUUAAAGGCCCAGCACAGAGACACGUUCAUUGAAGAACGCUAUGGGAAGUACAACAUCAGUGAUCCAUUAAUGGCUUUGCAGAGGGAUUUUGAGACCCUGAAAGAGGGAAAUCAUGGUGAAAAGCAACCAGUGUGCUCCAAUCCAUUAUCAAUUUUGAAGGUGGUGAUGAAACACUGCAAGAAUAUGCAGGAAAGAAUGUUAUCCCAGCUAGCUGCUGCAGAAAGCAGGCACAGAAAGGUGAUUCUGGACCUGGAGGAGGAGAGGCAGCGGCACGCCCAGGACACGGCCGAGGGGGACGAUGUCACCUACAUGCUGGAGAAGGAGCGGGAGCGGCUCAGCCAGCAGUUGGAGUUUGAAAAAUCCCAAGUGAAAAAGUUUGAAAAAGAGCAGAAGAAGCUGUCAAGCCAGUUGGAGGAGGAAAGGGCACGCCACAAGCAGCUGUCUUCCAUGCUUGUGGUGGAGUGCAAGAAAGCCACUGCCAAAGCAGCUGAGGAGGGGCAGAAGACAGCAGAAUUGAGCUUGAAAUUGGAAAAAGAGAAGAGUAAGGUGAGUAAACUGGAAGAGGAGCUGGCGUCCAAGAGGAAGAGGGGUUUACAGAUGGAAGCACAAGUAGAAAAGCAGCUCUCAGAGUUUGACAUUGAAAGAGAACAGCUGAAAGCCAAGCUGAACAGGGAAGAAAAUCGUACAAAAGCACUCAAAGAAGAGGUGGAAUGUCUGAAGAAAGCCCUGAAAGAGCUGGAGACUUCUUGCCAGGAGCAGGCUCCUACCGAGCCUUUGCAGCCGAGCCCCUCAGUGGUGUCCAGAGGUGUUGCAACCGACGGUCCCCCGGUGAAGUCUGUGUCUUGCCAGACAGAGGGUCUGCAGGCAGACCAGGCAGGCCCUGCCAGCACAGGCAAGGCUGUGCACGCCACGUUUCCCAGCCCCACUACACCUACUCAUUCCUAUGCAAAAUCUAAUGGCCAUUGUGACACAGACGUGCAGGGGGGUGAGCUGCUGCAGGCAACUGCACCAGAGAACCAGGCUCAAAAGGAGAAAUCUGCUGGUGCAGCCUCAGAAAAUGCAGUUGAGAAUGGGAGUUCUCCUGUAAGAACAGAGUCACCAGUGCAUCUGAUGUCCCAGCUCACUUCCAGUGGGGUCUCCCUGUCUCCCAGCAGCACAACUGCCUCCUCUCUGACACCUUCUCCCUGCUCCUCACCAGUUCUGAACAGACGCUUGGUGGGAGCAUCAGCGAGCAGCCCUGGGUACCAGUCCUCCUACCAGGUGGGCAUCAACCAGCGCUUCCACGCCGCUCGGCACAAGUUUCAGUCUCAAGCUGAACAGGACCACCAGUCCAGUGGCCUGCAGAGCCCACCCUCACGGGAUUUGUCUCCUACUCUAGCAGACAACUCUGCUGCCAAGCAGCUGGCCCGUAACACCGUCACUCAGGUCCUGUCCAGGUUCACCAGCCAGCAGGGACCUAUUAAACCCGUCUCCCCUAACAGCUCACCUUUUGGCACAGACUAUCGAAAUCUGGCUGUGAGCCCCAAAAAUGAAUCUGGUCACUCUCCAAGCUCUGGCAAGGUUUCCAGUCCCAUAAGCCCAUUGUCUCCUGGAAUUAAGUCACCAACUAUUCCUCGAGCAGAACGAGGGAACCCUCCACCCAUUCCUCCAAAGAAACCUGGCCUUGCUCAGUCACCUGCUGCUCCUGCUCCACUAACCAAAACUUCCUCUCCAGCACCCUCUCUAGGUGCCUCCAUGGACGUGGCAAGUAGCUGCUCCAACAAUACCGUGGUGUCAAAUGGCAAAGACAUUGAGAUCCUCCUGCCAACCAGCAGCUAGUCUCCAGAAAAUGUGAAUGUGACAUUCCACAGCUUAGCAUCCUAGAGCUAAGACACUGUUUUUCCACUCCAUGUUAUUUAUUUCCAUAGUAGCAGAUUCUGUCUGUAUAAAGCAUUUAGUAUUUUUUUUUCUUUUUUGAUAGGUAGGAAAAUAUUUUUGUUUAUGGGGAAACCUUAACUACAGCUAUACAGUAGCCUCAAAAUGUCUCGUUGGCAACAGUCAAAUCAUUAGAGGUAGCAAGAACCAUCAUGGUGUGGUGGGACCUGAUUGUCAAACUGUAAUGGGACUCAAAUGCUACUUUUAAAUGAUGCAGACUUUUGCAGAGUUUUUACUCCAGAUGAACAUUUUAUAAAAAGUGCCUGAACUAA